UACUUAAUUGAUUAAUUUUAAAUAUUUUCUAUUUAUUAAAAUGGUGGAUCUUCAUUAUAAGGCUCAUAAGUAUGGUCUUCUACCCGAAGGACUAAACGAGCUCAUGCUUGACAUAAGCAGAGAAGUUUUGCGUGUCCAGCCAAAUGAUAUUCAUGGUUUCAUUGCGCGCUAUUUACACGCAUUACUCGAAUCGAGGAGAGCACUAACCAUUGCUGGAGACGUAUGCGAAGACAUACGAGCGAGUUGCUGCAGCAUUACAAAGGAAAAGGAGGGAAAUGAAGACAGUUCUGGCAGUGAAAAAGAAGAUAGGACAGCUAAGAUAGCAGUCAAAGGAUAUGCAACAAAGAAAAACAGUUGCAUGAAUGAUGAUAAAAUAAACAACGAAACAAAUGAAUCUCAAGAUACAGGCGAUGUUGUACAACCUGCACAAGAUAAGAACACCCAGGAUAGAACAGGCAGUUCGUAUGUGGAGGCUGAAGAAUACUACAAGUUGCGUCAAAAGAAAGAUUUCUGGUCCCACUCUGUAUUCUCACUUCCCGGGUCGUACAUGAACCUGCCGACUUCGCAGCCCUACUCCGCCUAUGACUCCAUCACCGAAGCCUCCAAGGUGGACCACAGUGGCUGUAGUCACUACAUUGACGAUAGUAGCUAUGAAGAUGACAGCUACAUCUGAAUAAACGUAUUCCUCUUGCUAAU